UUUCAUUAUGAACGUAGAAACUAUAACCCAGAGGAAUACAAGAAAAACUAUUCAAGUUUACGAAAAUACGUUGAAGAAUCUUUAGAUAAAUACAAGAUUGGUAUUCCCGGUUUCUCAUCACAAGAACUUGAAGAAUUUAAUCAGCAAGAAGUUCUACUGGGACACAUGCCAAUGGACCCAGCUAUGCGUGAUGAAGUUGAGAAAGUGCUUAGUGACGAAGAUAAUUAUCGAAUAGCACAGAUCGAAGCCGAAUAUCAGUCAGGGACUGAUGAACAGAAGGGUACUAUUAUUGCAUCAGGGAGUGCUGAUAACACCGUUCGAUUGUGGGACGUGAAAAAGGGCAUUUCCGAUGAUUCGUACGAUGUAGAUAAUUUAUCAACAAAUAAAGUUAGAUCUCAAGAUAGUGAAGCAAAACCUUACUCUUACAUGAAAUCAUCAGCGCCAGCUGUAAUUCCAACCAA